UGCAUGUGAGCGUGUGCGUGCGUGAAUAAUGAUCUUGAGAUAGCACAGCAGGCACAUAAAUCCAGACAGGUCUUUUCUUGCUCUGUUCAGGUGAUCUGAACAACGACUCACUCGACGUAUCCCGACACGUUGAGUGGGAACCAAAUCUGCAAUGAUUAAAAUACUCAAUAUCUGUUCAGUGUUCUCUUUUCUGUUUAAAGGUGUGUGUUGUGUUCACAUGCAUCUCUCAGUGACAGAAGACAGAAAGUGACACACACAUUCGUUUCACUUUUUUAUUCCAGGGCAACAAUACAGAUCAUCUAAAAAAUCAAAAAACAAAAACAAACAAACAAAAAAAAAAACAACAACCCUUCAUUGUGUGUGAAGAUGGUUUUAAAAAGAGACACCGUGACAAAAUAAUACAUUAGACACAUUCCCACACACACACACACAUAUAUGUAUGCACCCAAAUACACACAUUAUGCACACAACAUGCAGUUUCAUUAUCUGAUUAAACAACUCCAUGUCACUGCAAGCCUGAGUUUAACAAAAGACCUGGAAGGACCGGCCCAACAUGUUUUAAUGAUUCACAAUAUGACAACGAAUUCUACAGCCACAUUUUUAAAAAAAAAGAAAAAAAAGACGCAACUUGUGAGAGUACACUGCAGCAGCGACACUCCCUGUUGUGAGACGAACAGGUAACCUGCGGGGUAUAACGCCUGCAUACUUACCAACUGAUUUACCGUUUACCGAGAAUUUUGUGUUGCGUCAAAUGCAGUCAAGCUCACGGGCAAAGGGUUGUCUUGGGAAAUCUGCACAACUGUUACUGUUGUACACACAUCUGCCUUACAUGCAGAAGGUCCUGGGUUCGAGCCCCAGAGGAACCGCCUCUUGUGUGGUAAUCUUUGACUUGCAAGGACUGACACCAGAUAUUUCUCCAUUGUGGAACUAUUUUGGGAUUUCAAUUUUGGUGGUUCCAUACUGCAGUGGUUUUUACAUCUGCCUUUCACAUAGAAGGUCCUGGGUUCGAGUCCCAGAGGAACCACAUACCUGGCCCGUUCUGUUGGCCAACCUGCAGCAGAUCUGCUGUUGAGAACAACAACUCCCCCACUGUAGGAUCAAUCAAGACAUAAUUUAAUCUUGAUAUCUGGAGAAUACCCAAAAAUGUUAUGUUUUUAUCACUCUUACUUCACUGUGUAAACAGAGCUUAGCCACUGGGAAGACUGGCUUUAACUUCCUGUUGAAUUUUGGAUUUUUUAACCAAUUAAUAUUUAUAUUUUAAAGAAUGGGGUUUGUAUGUUUCACUUAUUUGACAUGAUUUCACUUUUUACUUUUUUCACCUCCAGACUCAAGGUCACACAUCAUUGCUGUAGAAAUGGAGAGCUUUAAUGACCUGCUCCACAAACUGCGGGAGGUCCACGAGCGAGAAGUGGAUGGCUGGCAGGGGAAGGUUCAAGAGCUCUCUAACAAGAAGGGUUGUGAUACAAAGCGAAUGGAGGAAUUGUUCACCAGGAACCAGCAAAUGAAAGAACAGCAACGGUUGCUAACAGAGAACAUCAAGACACUGGAGAACAGGUUGAGAGCAGGCUUGUGUGACAGGUGUACAGUGACUGAGGAGUUUGCCAACAGGGAGCAGCAGGGAUUUGGAGCUUCACAGAUACAGAACCUUCAGCGCAUCUCACAAAUGGUUGCGGAAAUUACGAACCUAAAAAAAGAAAACAACAGACAACAGGAUGAAAUCAUGACCUUAAGAGCAGCUCUGGACUGUCCCGGUGACCACUCGUCACACAAAACUGAAGUCAAAUCAAGCAGCUCCCCUGAUUUUUCACCUUCCUCCAUCAUCGAGGCUGCGCUCAAGCCCAUCAGCCUGCAUCCAGACUGUGACGUUUUGAAAUCAGACAGAGAGCAAAGAUCUGAUGAACAUGAACAUCGACAACAGAGGGCGAUGCGCAGGGCCAACUGUGAGACUUAUAAGCCUCUCGCACUGCCAAAUAUCUCCCAGCAACCUUGGAAGACAGACCACAGUGCAGCACGGACUGGAGAGAGAAGGCCUCAUAGAAUGGAAGGCCUAGACCAGCGAAUGUCUCUCUCCCCUCAAGCUCUUCUACUGAAGACUUCUUCAUCCUCAACAUUUGGAGGAAAUCGACAUGUUCUCCACACCCCUGUCCCCUGUCGUCCUCAACCCAUUAGAGGCACUCCCCACGGCCUCCCGUGGCCUCUCUCAGAAUCCUCUGACUGGGUGACAGCGGCCGCGGCAAGCGCUAACCAGGUGAGGCCGUCGGCUCCCAAACCAAACGUGCCACACUUUCCCAACCUUUUACCGACAAACCAACAUGUCAGCUCCAGAAGGCAGGGGUUUGGUCCUCCCUGGCUCCAAAACAGCCCCCCUCCAGCCACAACGAAGGAGCCGACCGUGGUGUUUAGGUUCAGGAAUCUGCCAGAAUACCCCGGCAGUCAAGUUAAGCCCCAGGAGAAGGAAGAAAUGAAACCGGUGAAGGCUGAAGGUGCGUCUGAACAACUUAAAGAGACUUGUGAGGGUCCUCUGGACCUUUCAGAUCGUGGGAAGUCUUGGUUUAACGUCACACCGAAAAGAAACGAGUCGCCCCUGGCCGUUCAAAGUAGAGAGAGAAUACAGAAGAGUCCUGACACGGCGUCUUCAGCAAACACUCCAACACACAUAAUAGUGUCUUCACCCUCACCCGUCUCUCUCUCCUCAUCAUCCUCAUUUACAUCAUCAGUCAAACACCAGGACGAGGAGUCCACUAGUGAUCAUAACCACAAGCAGGUGACUGGAGAUCAGGAGGAGAAAACAGAGAUGAAAGAAAAGACAGAGAAGAAUGGGGAGAAACGGGUGCCUGUCCUCACCAUAUCAUUACGUCCAGUAGUAGUACUGGAGACUCUGAAUUCUCUGCAAAAGCAUGAAUCCCUGUCAUCCAAAGGCAAGUCAACAACAUCAUCAGCAGUUGAACCAGGAAGUAGCUCAGACGAGCAGGACGACAAGUCGAGCAUGUCGGGGCACGAGAGCAGCCAAGGCUGCAAAAGGAAGAGAGCAUCAGUGGAGACAGAAACUGACCGAGAUUCAGACACGGACAACACACACAAUGAAGUAAGCUGUGGUGAAGAGACGCAGCAAAAGACGGUGACGCUACGUCACUGAGAUCAGCGUUUAGGAAGCUGGGGUCAGUGUAAUACGCAAAAAAUAUACAUAAAAUAAAAAAAACACCAACAACAAC